AUGUGGGUCCCAGUACUGCUCCUUGUCAGCGCACUUAUAGGAAUAGCUGCUGGACAAGGUUGCGUUUCUAAGAGAUUCGGAUCCGAUCGAAUUGUUUGUGUUUGUAAUGGUACCUAUUGCGAUUCUGUCCCGAAGCUCCCGAAGCUUGAUCGAUAUGGCGCUUCGAUCAUCACUUCGAGCCUUUCCGGGAAAAGGUUCCACGUCCAACAACGCAUGUUCCAGCCUAGAAGCAAGAAAUCGUCAUCUUGGUCAAGUUCGGCUGUCCGGAUCCUUGUUGACGCCCGUUCAUUCUUCCAGAAUAUUCUUGGCUUUGGAGGGGCUUUCAGUGAUGCUGCUGGAUUGAACCUGGCCGCUUUGUCACACGGAGCGGCGCACAAACUGCUUGAAGCAUAUUUUUCCCCGGAAAAUGGUAUCGGCUACACAUUCGGCCGUGUCCCAAUGGCUAGCACCGAUUUUGGCACUCGAGAAUAUUCAUAUGCCGACACGAGCGGAGACCUGGAGCUCAAGUCUUUCGCAUUACAACCCGAGGAUCUCGAUUAUAAGAUCCCAUUCAUCAAGACCGCCCAAUUGAUCGCCAACGGGAAUUUGAAGUUGUUUGCCUCGCCCUGGUCAGCCCCUGGUUGGAUGAAGACAAAUGGUCGAAUGAUAGGCGGGGCGGCGUUACGAGGCCCAUUAGAUGGACCGUACUACUCAACAUGGGCUUCAUAUUUUGUCAAAUUUUUCGAACAGUAUGCGGCAAAUGGGAUUCUCUACUGGGGACUGACGAUGCAAAACGAGCCGACCUCCGGGAUUAAUCCUGAUUAUACUUGGCAGACCAUGUACUUCAAUGCAUCCAUGCAGAGACACUUCCUCGUAAACCAUCUGGGGCCUCGUCUAAAGGGUUCGCCUCUAACGCGAGGUCUGAAGGUGUUGAUCCUUGACGAUGAUCGGCCUCAACUGCCUGCUUGGGCUGAUGAGGUUUUUGCCGAUGCGAAAGCGCGAGAAUAUGCAGACGGCAUCGGUAUCCACUGGUAUAUGGAUGCAUUCGCGCCGGCUUCUCUUCUGACUGAGACCGCCCUACGACAUCCUGACAAGUUUAUUCUGGCCACAGAGGCCUGUUCCGGCUUCCUUGGCGUUCACGGGCCAAUCCUGGGUGAUUGGAGUCGAGCAGAGAACUACGCCGCCGACAUCAUUGAUGACCUGAACAACUUUGUGUCGGGUUGGGUGGACUGGAAUCUGGUGCUGGAUACAACAGGCGGACCCACGUUCGUUGCCAACAACGCCGACGCACCGAUUCUACGGAAUGGGACGAGGGGAAGUGACGAGUUCUACAAACAGCCCACCUACUAUGCGCUCGGGCAUUUUAGCGCCUGGGUGCCAGUGGGAUCUACGCGAAUCAAAUCGCAGCUUCUCGACCGUGAUCCCGCCCUAAAACUCGUCGCAUUUUCCUUUAAGUCCAAACGGGUUGCGGUCGUUCUAAAUCGAGCGACAAAUGAAAACAAAAUCAUAUUCUCCACUCAUCUCUGCAUCUUCUUGGGGGCAAUGGUGGUGCCCGAACAAUGGGAGGCGAUGAAGCUGGCUGCGAGCGUAUUCGUGCUCACUUAUCUGGCCGAGAUGUUCGUCUUCUUUGUCUUCCUUUUCUUCCAUCAUCUCUUCACAAAGAGCCCUCCCCAACUUGUCACCGGCUCUCGUCCUGCGGCGCGUAAAGAGGAGAAACAUGUUGAUCCUGUAACGGUAAUCCUGGCGCCAACAAAGCCAAAGAAAGAGCCCAUCAAGUCGAAAUCGGAGACGUGUAAUGCCGUCGGCAAGAAGGGCGACGUCGAAGUGUGCAAGACACAACGAGACGAAUUGCCAAAAAGCCCACCCAAGCCGGAACUCGAGCAAAAAUCGCGACCCCUGGCUGAAGCACCAACUAUGGAGCUGGAGACGCCUUCCGAGAUGCAGACCACACAACAACAACGUGCAUCUGGAAGGUCGGGAAGAACCGUGCAGGCAAAGACGACGCCAAAGGUCCCCUCUGAGCAGAUGAAGACGGCCUGCUUCGAGGUAUCACAGCAGGAGGCCACCCAGCACACUGCACGGCUUCCGGUGAACAAGCUGGCCCGACUAUCGGCCAAUGAUCCGGUGCAUCUACUGAUUGGGCAACCGCUGGUACCGCAGCCCGCCAGGACUGCGCCAGAAUAUGGACAGGAUUUGGCGCCCGAGCGGACGAAUCCAGACUACGAUAAAUCGGACGAAUUCACGCCGUUGAUCAAGAAGGAUUCGGUGAUGCUCGCCCGCUAC